CGUAUCGGAUUUGCUAGCAGCUCCGCGAAAAACCCUCCAUUUCCGCGACGACGACGAAGGGAAGUUCCUUUGACAGAUUUCCUCUCCCUCGCUUGUCGAUUCCCUGGUUUUCAAUUACCACUGGAUUCUGCCUUCCUUCAGCCUUCAUCUUAUAUUAGUUCUUCUACAACUUUAACCAAGAACCGGAGGUUUAUGACUGUAUAGCUACUUGUCCAAAAAUGGCCCUUUACGGUUCAUUGCAACUCUCCCAUGGCCUGGGGCUUUGCAGGAACCAAAGGUGCUCUAAGACAGACAAGAGUUCCAUCAUAAGCAGGACAAGGCUGCAUCAGCCAAAUGGUUCUCUCCCAUUGCGUGCUCCGUUGCGGCGACAUGAUGCAUGGAAUGUUUCUCUAUCAAAUUACCUGCAUACGCCUAGAUUUUCAGUGCUGCACAGAAGUUCAGUUCCAUACAGAAACUAUUCUUUUAGAUGUCAUUCUGUAUCUGCAGUAUGCAAAUCAAUGGAACCUGCUGUCAAAGCUGCCACUUUGGCCCUAACAAAGUCUUACAAUGCCAUUCAAAAUUUCCCUGUUGUAUAUAAGUUGGUUCCGGCUGUUGCCCUUCUUAUUUUCUCGAUGUGGGGUGUAGUGCCACUUGUUCGUCAAGGAAGAAACCAACUAUUCAAUAAGAGUGAUAACAACUGGAAGAAGAGUAGUACGUACCAUGUUAUGACUUCGUAUAUUCAACCUCUGCUGCUGUGGUUAGGAGCCUUAUUCAUCUGCAGAGCGUUAGAUCCUGUUGUCUUACCCACUGAAGCAAGCCAAGUUGUGAAGGACCGGCUUUUGAAUUUCGUGAGAUCAUUGUCAACUGUACUAGCUUUCGCUUACUGCUUGUCGAGUCUUAUCCAACAAACCCAGAAGUUGUUCACAGAGACAAGUGACCCGAAUGAUACAAGAAAUAUGGGAUUCCAAUUUGCGGGGAAAGCCAUUUACUCUGCAGUAUGGGUUGCUGCUAUUUCCCUAUUCAUGGAGUUGUUGGGUUUCUCUACGCAAAAGUGGCUCACUGCUGGAGGUCUUGGGACAGUUCUGAUUACUCUUGCUGGCAGAGAGAUACUCACAAACUUCCUUUCAAGUGUUAUGAUUCAUGCAACUCGACCGUUUGUUGUGAACGAGUGGAUCCAAACCAAGAUUGAAGGUUAUGAAGUUUCUGGUACAGUUGAGCAUGUGGGUUGGUGGUCACCGACCAUCAUAAGGGGUGAAGACCGAGAAGCAGUUCAUAUCCCGAACCACAAGUUCACAGUCAAUGUUGUCAGAAAUCUUACCCAGAAAACUCACUGGCGUAUCAAAACUCACCUAGCCAUCAGCCACUUGGAUGUUAGCAAAAUAAAUAAUAUCGUAGCUGACAUGCGGAAGGUAUUGGCCAAGAACCCUCAAGUUGAGCAGCAGAGGUUGCAUAGACGAGUAUUCCUUGAUAAUGUUGACCCCGAGAACCAGGCCCUCUUGAUACUGAUCUCGUGUUUUGUGAAAACGUCUCACCACGAAGAAUACUUAUGUGUGAAGGAAGCCAUAAUGUUGGAUCUUCUUAGAGUCAUAAGCCACCACCGAGCACGUCUUGCUACACCAAUCCGUACAAUAAGAAAGAUGUAUUCUGACUCUGACUUGGAGAACCCACCCUUCGGAGAUUCGAUAUACAACCAAGGUGGUGUUUCGUCCAGACGGCCAUUGUUACUAAUCGAACCUUCUUACAAAAUCAACGGAGAAGACAGAUCAAAAUCUCAAAACCGGGCAUCAAAAUCUACUGGAGAGCAAGAAAGCAAGAGUUCAAGUUCCAAGACCAAAGAAGCUCUGAUUUCUGAUACCAACAGCAAGGUAACAGAUGAACCGGGAGCGAAACCAGCAACAAAAUCUAUCUCGAAACCAAAUCCGGUAAAAGAUUCAGAGACAUCCGGAGCUGAAAAAGCAAAGAUCAAAAGCAGUUUCGGCACGAAACCCACCAGGAACGAUGAACAACAACGUGAAACUGAGAAAGCAGAUGGGUUGCCGUCGGUGUCAAGAUCAUCAGCUCUCGAGGAGAAUAUCGUGCUUGGGGUUGCGUUAGAAGGCUCAAAGAGAACUCUCCCCAUCGAGGAAGAGAUGCAUUCACAUUCACCUUCUUCUGCCAUUGUAGCAGACGCCAAGGAACUGGCUGGAGCUCGAAGAAAUGGAAAUGGGUCUGCCACAGGUGACAAGGAGAAGAAAGAUGGGCAAGUCCAAGCAAAUACCGAAGAGUAGUCUAAUGAAGUUACGGACGUAUUGUACUGAAUCAGAAAAUGCAUUGUAUAUUUCAUUACAGAUGAGAUGAUACAUUGAAACAGUUAAUGCUGCAAUGGCGAUGAUCAGACAGUAUGAAUUAGGUGUCAGGAUAUUGCCCAUACCAGUAUGGGUUUUGGCUUUCA